UUAGUUGUGUCCUCUCUGGAACACGUUGAAAACACUCGCCCUUUUUCCUCCUCAAACCAGAGAAUAAGAAAGAACCAAAAAUCCACAUGGAGCACGAUUUGUAUGUGAGCCUACCUACCAAUCCAUCACCCACAAAAAAAACAAAAAACAGGCCAUUGUCAGGCCGAGAGCUUGUUGGGAGUCGUCUUCCUCCAGGCAGUCGAGUACGUGUGGACUCCUGCGGGCGGUGGAGCAAUUCUCCCGUUCGUCCAGCUCCAGCCUUCAUCCGACCGCCCAGCCGCCGGACAGCAACAGAGGAUGGAGAAGCACGGCGACGGCGACGGCCUCCUCCACCAUCACGCCAUCCGAGUCCCACCCCAAGGCCCAGUUGCUGCAACGGCAAUUGAGGAAGAGGGGUUGGAGAUCACCUCGGAGCCAAACGUGUCCCUGCGCCAGAAAGCGGCCGAGAUCACGGCCACCACCAUGGCAGCCUACCGCAGCAAGCCCUUCUCCUUCUGGGCGCUCCUCUUCCUCAGCGGCGGCGCGAUGCUGACGGCCUUCCCGGCGUCGAGCCUGCUCUCGCGGCUCUACUACAACAGCGGCGGGCAGAGCAAGUGGAUCCUCUCGUGGUCCGCCGUGGCGGGCUGGCCCAUCCCGGCGCUGCUGCUCCUCCCGUACUACCUCGCCGGUAAGGCCUCCCCGACGCCGCCCACGGCGAAGCUCUGCCUCUGGUACGCGCUGCUGGGCCUCCUCAGCGCCGCCGACAACCUCUUGUACGCCUGGGCCUACGCGUACCUCCCGGCGUCCACGGCGUCCCUCGUCGCCGCGUCGUCGCUCGCCUUCUCCGCGCUCUUCGGCCGCCUCAUCGUGAAGAACAGGAUCGGCCUGGCCGCGCUGAACGCCAUCGUCGUCAUCACCGCCGGCGUGGCCAUCGUGGCCCUCGACUCGGGCUCCGACCGCUACCCGGGGGUCACGCGGGCGCAGUACGCGCUCGGGUUCGUCCUCGACGUGCUCGCAUCGGCCCUCCACGGCCUCAUCUUCGCGCUCUCGGAGCUCGUCUUCGCCGCCCACCUCGGCGGCGGCGGCGGCAGCAACAAGGUGGGAUCCGGAUCCUUCCACGUGGUGCUGGAGCAGCAGGCGGCGGUGUCCCUGUGCGGGUUCGCGUUCACCUCCGCGGGGCUGGCGGCGUUCGGGGAAGGGUUCGGGGCGAUGGCGCGGGAGGCGGCGGGGUUCUCCGGCGGGGGCAAGGCGGCGUACGGGAUGGUGAUGGCGUGGUCGGCGGUGACGUUCCAGGUCGGGGUACUGGGGGCGACCGGGGUGGUGUUCCUGGCGUCGACGGUGCUCGCCGGCGUGCUGAACGCCGUCAGGGUGCCCGUGACGAGCGUGGCGGCGGUGGUCUGGUUCCAUGACCCCAUGAGCGGGUUCAAGAUACUGUCGCUGGUGAUCACGGUGUGGGGGUUCGGGUCCUACAUGGUUGGCCAGUCAUCGUCGUCCUCCACCGCCGCCAAGGAAACGUCCAGAGGUUCAUCUCGGCAUGCUAGGCCGGAACUUGGGAGCUGAUCUUACCCUGACUUGAUGAAAAGAAGAGUAGUUCUGGAUCGAAACAGAAGUAAUUCUGACUUGUGAACGAUGUGUGUACAAGAGUACCAGCGAUAUACUGCGGGUGGAUCGGGUACUGCGUGAGCCAAAAGGCUCCAAAUUUAAGGAUACACCAAUUUGAGUUUCGAUCAUGGCUUA